AUGGCAGAAACUGUGGCCUCACCGCAUUUCACGGCGUCGCUCGACGCGUAUGUGAUGCGACCGUUGCAUCGCGCAUCGUCCAUCAUGGGGUCGGGCGAGCUUUGGCAGCGCGCUGCCGACAUGGAUGAAGUCGUCGCACAGUCGCACGAAGGCUCUGUCGCUAGCACCACUGCGACGACGAACGAAGGGGCUACGACAGGGAAGAAGUGGAGCGUGAUGGGGUCGACGGCGCGCAAGGUGCAGCGGAUGCUGUUUGCCGACAAAUCGGACAAAUCGGCGGUUAGUAUCACAGACAGAAAUACCAAGCGCCUGCUGCCGUCGCUGCUCUCGAGCACUCGCCGACAGGAGCGCGCCGGACAGGAUUUGAGUUUGCGGUUCGGCAGCUGUCGCGUGGAGAGCGCCGAGAGCGUUGCGGACGAUGGCGGAGAGGACGGCGCGGACCUCGGCCGACGAAGCGUCUCGUUUCAGCACUUGGCGGUCGAUUCUUAUCAAGGCGAAAUGGUUGGACGGGAGGCGACGAGCGUGGACGAGCGAGAGGAUUCGGAACCCGGCGGCGCGGAUCCAGAGCGCCGUACGGAUUGUGAUCUUCCAGAGGGGCGUGCGGAAGGCGUCGAUUUCAUUUCGUUGUCCCCGCGCGCGACGAGUGCGACGAAUGCGACGGGUGUACCAGAGGGCGUAGACCGACCGUGUUCUGUGAAUGAGCACUCAGCAUCGCCGCCCGAAUCAAACAGCUCCCGCGACAGAAUCGUAUCGGCGCUGCCUCGUCCCGUACGCCCGCAGACAGCCCCCAGCAAGAGCGCCGCUUCCCCCCGUCACUUCGACGCGCGUGAUCCCAUUUUUUCCCGACGCAAGACCGCGCCAGUAGCCCCUGCCGUGCUGCGCGAAUCGGGUGCUGCCUCGGGCGACGUCGAGCCGCAGCUCGCCGACGAGCCGUUUCUCGCCUCCGCCUCGGUUUGCAGCGACGGAGUGGGGAACAGAAGCGGCAGGUUGAGGGCGGGAAGGGGGACGCGAGCGGGCGGAAGGGCGGGGGAAGGGCUUCGAGUGGAUGUGGCAGGCAGGCGCCAGCGGUCAAGGCACAGUGAUGAGCUGGCAUGGGCGGAGGCGCUAGGGGGGCAGGUGCUGGCGCGGAGCAAGACAGCGGAGAGAGAUGCGGGCGCAAGGGGGCGCACAGGCGGGGAAGUGGCUCGUGUGGGGCGACAUCACCACCUGUCGGCCUCUUGGGACUGCGAGGGGGAGAUUGGCAUGGGGAGGGAAGACAAGGGGGCGUUCCCUGGUAGGGUUGAGAGCGUGGAUGAAGCAGGUUGGGGGAGUGUGUCGGGGAGGGAAAGGCCAACCUCGUCCGGAGGGAGGGUGCCUAUCACUGCGGUGAGCCCACGGGUGGUGAGGUUCAAUUUCAAGCAGCACAUGCAGCAAGUAGCACUUGCUGCAGCACGUGAUGAAUUGGCCCAAUAG